CAGGUUUGCACACAGUGCUUUCUGAGCUUGCUUACAUAUCUGAUCAUUUAUUUGAUCUGGCCGUCCACCUCAGCAUCUUUGAUCUAGAAUAAAACACCACUUUCAGCUAUCUUGUUAACAUAACUGGAUGUUGGCCAUGGCCACAGCUGUCCCUACUGUUGCUCGUUUCAUUGGAAUAAGUGAAAAUUCAUCUGUAGAAGGCUAUCCAAGCUCUACUCCAGAAUAUGACUACAUGUAUGAUGACUACUAUGGGAAUGAGACGUUCUUCGUUGGUGGGAGCACUGGGAGGUGUGUGUAUCAGCCACACGGGGCCAGUUUUCUUCCCGCGCUCUAUGCAAUCUUCUUCCUCACGGGCCUUCUGGGUAACUGUCUGGUCAUCUGGGUCUUAACACGUGGGGUUCGCCUCCGCAGCAUGACGGACGUGUGCCUCUUAAACUUGGCUGUAGCUGACCUUCUCUUGGUGUGCACCCUUCCCUUCCUAGCCCACCAAGCCCGGGACCAUUGGCGGUUUGGGGAUGCCAUGUGCAAAGUGGUCCUGGGUAUUUAUCACAUUGUUUUUUACUGUGGGAUCUUCUUCAUCAGUCUAAUGAGCAUCGACCGCUACUUGGCUAUAGUACACGCUGUUUACGCUAUGAGAGCCCGGACGAGGUCCUUUGGAAUGAUCGCAGCAUCUGUUACAUGGGUGGUUGGAUUUAUGGCUUCUUUCCCUGACCUGAUCUUUCUCCAACAACAGCCAGGUACUAAUGCAACUCACGACUGCUACCCCGUCUUUCCCAACUCUCACUACUGGAGGAUCUUCAGCCUUUUUAAAAUGAACAUGUUGGGUCUAUUUGUCCCUCUUCUCAUCAUGGGCUUCUGCUACUCACAGAUUGUCUGGAGGCUGCUGAACAGCCAGUCAUCCAAGAAACAGGCCAUCCGUUUAGUUCUCAUAGUGGUAGUUGUUUUCUUCAUCUGCUGGGUCCCCUACAACAUUGCAUCCCUCUUCAAAGCACUGGAGCUAUUGCACAUCAUUUCUGACUGCCAAAGCAGCAAAGCCAUCAGAUUGGCGUUACAGGUCACUGAGGCCAUUGCCUACUCUCAUAGCUGCCUUAACCCCAUCCUGUAUGUGUUUGUUGGGGAGAAGUUCAGGAGGCACCUGUUUAGGUUGAUAAACAGGGCUCCCUGCAGACUGUGUAAAAUGGUCAAGGUCUGCAUACCUCAGGACAGAAUUACCGGAUCAGUGUACUCGCAGACCACCAGCCUGGACGAGAGGAGCACUGCUGUCUAAUGUCUGUUCCUGUUAUGGCUAUCUCCAUCCCUGGUCAUCUCUACAAUGAGGACAUGUAUUGCAAAGUCAAAACUAGGUCAUUCUCAACUUUUAUAUUGUAUUUUAGAACUUCACUUCACUCAUAAUUAGGUUUAGGUUAAUGAAGGGUACGUUUUGGAGUGGGAGUUAAGUUAGACAGUGAUGUAUUUUUAAGAAUACAGUGGAGUGUAUGUGAUUCUGUUAGAGACACAGACAUGAUUUUAUGGUUUUAGGAUGUUGUAUUGAAGUCACAUGCAUGCAAAUACAUUAUAUAUUUUUAAAUGUUAUCACAUAAAUAUAACGAGUUGUACUGUUAAUACGGUGUUGGAUAUGUGAGAUUUAUGACUGAGUUUGGAUUGGAACAGAAUGGAUCAGAACUAUCAAUUUCAGUUAUUUUUCUGAAUGAAAUUGUGUUUAAUCCCACUGAGUCAAAACCUGUAAACGUCAGCAUAUAAACCCCGGUAACCUCAAUUAAUCUUCAACUACCAAUUUAACAGACGCAAUGCAACAAGUCAAAGAUAAAGUCAGAUACUGAUCAUUCCUUUCAUUCAUUAGCGGAAACACCAUUAAGUCUGCGUUGGUUUUGUGUAUGAAGUUAUUGCACGGCAAAAGGUCCCCGGUGCAGCUGGAAACCUUAUGCAAGUUUCAUUGCAUAUACAGCAGCAGAUCUGCACCAAACAUCGAACUAGAGGAAACCACAACUUGAAAAAGGAGGAAGUAUAAGUGGUCGGUUUAACAUCAGUGACGUGCGGUGAGGUUCAUGGCUGGUGAGGCACUGACUCACUGAGUCAGAUUUACAAAU